GUAACACCGUAACUGUCACUUGGUAAUGGCAUGGUUCGUUUCUUACCAGACUGUUCUCGAAAAAUACGAGAAAACGAAGUGAUACGAAACUAGCACGCGGGAUAUUUGUAAGCAUACUGUGUAUUGAAUCAAACUCUAGCGUUACAAUCGGGUUCUCUGAUCACGACGUGUCAAAAAUCUGGACUGUCACGGUUUUGACUUGAGUUCGUGUAAGGUGUUCUCAAGGAAAGUAAAUUUUAAGACCUUGUGUGUAGAAUCAUUCUUGAAAAAUGGCUAAAUGGGGCGAAGGUGAUCCUAGAUGGAUUGUGGAGGAGCGGCCAGACGCUACAAAUGUGAACAACUGGCAUUGGACGGAGAAAAAUGCGGGACCAUGGUCGAAGGAGCGGCUAAAAGAGCUGCUGAAUAAUUUCAAGAUAGCCCAAAAUGGUGUAGAUUGUAAGGUGACAGAGGUGGAGAAGUUGGAUGGUGAGGCUUCAGCGAAUAAUAGGAAAGGAAAAUUAAUAUUUUUCUAUGAAUGGGACAUUAAAUUGAAGUGGGAAGGUAACUUGGCUGGCAGCAAGGAUAUCGUGAAAGGAGAAGUGAGCAUCCCUAACUUGUCGGAGGAGAACGACGUUAGUGAAGUGGAUAUUUCGAUUACAAUUAAAGGCAGUGGGGAGGAAGCUCAGAGGGUCAAAGCAUUCAUGCACAAUGUAGGCAGAGAUAAAAUCAGGAAGCAACUCUCCGAAUAUGUCCGAAGUCUCAAAGAAGAAUUCUCCAAAGGUCUCAUUCUACCAAAGAAGGGCGAAACUACAGUUAAACCAGACAAUGUCUCGAUGAUCACCAGCGGUUUCAAUAAGAAAGUUAACAUGGACCCCAUUGUUGCUCCAAAGAAUAAUCAGAUUGGUUGCAAGUUGGAUACAAAGAGCAUUGAGCUGUCGGAGAAGUUCCAGUGCCGUGCGCAAGAGUUCUACGAUGCUAUGACUCGAAUAGAAAUGGUUACUGCUUUUACACAGGGUCACGUGAAAAUGGAAGCUGAGAAAGGUGGCAAGUUUGCUCUCUUUGGUGGGAAUAUUACAGGCGAGUUCAGGGAGCUGGUACCUCCUAAGAAGAUAGUCCAGUAUUGGCGAUACAAACAAUGGCCCGACCAGCACUUCUCUGAAGUCACAUUUACAAUUGACGAGAAAGAAGACCACACCCUGGUGACAGUGAAGCAAGACCUGGUUCCUGCUUCUGAAGUAGAACAGACCCGCGACAACUGGCAGCGGUACUACUUCGACAGUAUUAAGCGGGCGUUCGGAUUCGGAGCGUUCCUGUGAUGCGAUACACUGAUUAGGUUGAAUUUUAACAGUAAAGCGGUUCUGUUGAAGAUAGCACCCGAAAACGACAAGUUUUGUAUAAUGCAAGAUUUCAUUUUAUGUAAAUUUUGUAAUGAAACUGUGAUGAAUAACUUAUUAUGCCGGUUCGUGAAUGCGCUGCCGUGGAUAUGAAUUCAAGGAUUGUUAUUAGAACAAAUAGUCUAAUUAAUUUUAACUUCCCGUCGAGUCUCGAGGUAGUUUGUGAGAAAAUGGCGCUAGUUUCGUUAAUGGUCACCUUAUUAUAGAGCAGAGCAUUUCAAGAGCAGGAGAAGGAACGGGGGUAUUUUUAGUUAGCAAGAGUGACACUCCCUCCCGCACGACCUUGGGCGGGA